AUGGCGAUGAAGGAAGACCCAGAUCCGAGACGAGUUCCUCUUUAUGAUGCUCCCUGUGAGGUGCUCCCUGUGAGGUACUCCCUCAUCUUCAUCAUUGGGCUGCUCUGCAAUGCCCUGGUGCUCUGGGUGUUCUUGUGCAGCACGCAGCGCAGGACCUCCAUCACCGUGUACAUGAGGAACCUGGCACUUUCUGACCUGCUGCUCUCUCCUUGCCUGCCCUUCCGCAUUGCCUUUCAAAGCAAGAGUGAGCCUCUGAUCUUCCGCAACAUUGUUGGGGCCGCCUUCUACCUCAAUGUGUAUGUCAGCAUCGCGUUCCUCAGCCUGAUCAGCCUCGACUGCUACCUGAAGAUCAUCUGGCCCCUGUGGAACUUUAGGAUUCACGCUGUGUCCUGUAGCACCAUGGCCUCUGGGAUAGCUUGGUUGGUGCACACAGCGUUCAUGCUGCCUUUCUUUUUUGAGACAAGAGGAAAAGGGCCCUGUGACCAUAAAUUCCGCUUCAGGAGCAAAAGCACCACAGCAGCAGCUUUUAACAUGGUUGCAGUAGUUACUUUCUUCAUCCUGCUGCUGCUCUUCCCCUACUUCUACGGCAAGGUAUUUGCCAAGCUCCACAGAGACUCCUCAGUGAAAGCUCAGCAGCUGAACAAGAGGACCAGCAUGAGAGCCGCCGCCAAGACCUCCAUAGUCCUGAUCAUCUUCAUUGUAUGCUUCACCCCCUAUCACAUUGCCUGCAUUCCUUACAUCCUUGCACAAGUGGGGGGCAUUUCUAGUCUGCCCUGGAAGCAGGGCCUCCACCUUGCUGAUGAGCUUGUGCUCUGCAUCUCAGCCCUCAACAGCUGCCUUGACCCAGUCAUCUGCUUGUCCAGCAGCUUCCAGAGGGCUGUGCUCUGCACCAUCCAGGGCAGGCUGAAGAGAGCUCUUCUAAGGAACCAGGGAAGGCUGAGCCACAGCAAGUCUGUGACAGAGAUCUAG